GCACAAUUGUACUGCGCUCGACCUUACUCCUCUUUCAAUACAUCGCAUCUGACUAUGGUGGCCGAGACGCGCGAGGCUCGCCUUACUGGGCACAGAAGAAGAGUCCGCAAAGGAACUCACAGCUGCCGGGAAUGUCGACGACGGAAGAUACGAUGUCAAUUUGCCACAUCUACUGACUCUGUCUGUGUUACUUGUAGUGCCAGGGGGACUCCCUGCGUCAGUCAGGAUCUCGUUGAGAUUGACACUGACAAAUCACCUUCACCACCACGGCAAGACGGAGAGAUUGUGGACCGUCUAAAACGGCUGGAGGGGAUUGUUCAGAACCUUGCCGGAGAAAUUAGGGGGCUUUCGAACUCAUUAACAACUAAUGGAAGAUCUGCGAGUUCGGAAAGUUCACAACGAACUACCCUGCCACCCUCACGAGGAGCUCGAUCCAAUACCCAUACGACGAUCGAUGAUGUUCCCAGUUCGGGGACCGUAGAAGAAACUCCCAUGGGAGCCAUGCUAGGCAUCCGGGACAUCCUGGACACGCCUCAACCAUCUCAAGUUGAAAGACCAGUGCACAACCCUCGAUAUCGCAAGCACGAAAGGCUCCGCAUCACAUUAUUUGAUCUCCUACCACCCCCCGAGGUUACGAUGGCAUUGGUGGUAGCUAGCCCCGGAGCAACACUGGUUUCUACGUUCUUCCACACAUCCGAAGAAAUAUCCCAGGGCCGGUUUCAGAAGCUCACAGCCAUCGCCAUGCACUCUUUCAGAGAGUCUCACCCAAUCGUUCUUGCCAAGCGGCUGCUGCAACUGGCAAUUUGCGUGCAGCAACUCCCACCUGAAUGUAAUUGCCUAUCUCUUGAAAACCAAACGUCUCUGAAGGGCGCAGCUGCGGAAAAUGUCACCACCGUCGUGGAGCUGGUGACUUCGCGUGAUGACCUGGUUCAUUCCCCCGAUGGCGUGGAAUGUCUUGUGCUGCUUGCCUUAUUUCAGCUUAAUGCUGGAAGCCUGCGACGGAGUUGGUUGACUGCUCGUCGCGCUAUCAAUGUUUCACAGCUUCUGGAUUUACGCAAUAGAAUCCAAACGCACGUCCCCACCCACGAUAAGACCGUCCCUCCUGCAAUGGGAGUCUCUCCCCGGUGGCUAUGGUAUCGCGUGGUAUUCUUCGACAGAUACCUUUCGUUAUUGCUUGGUCGACCCCCAGAUUUGCAGGAUAAUAGUUUUGCAGAUUUCACAUCUAGUAAUAGCCCGGACACGAAGAUGGAACGGCUCGAAAAGACCCAGACAGUUCUCACCGGGCGCAUCCUCGAGCGCAACGCAAUGAUCAAAAAAGAUGACCACGCUGCCUUCUCGUUAACCCACCUCAUCGACGGAAAACUCGAUACAACAGCCGAGGAAAUGGGCUUGGAGUGGUGGAAUCUGCCUUCAAUCAAGAAGCAGGACCUGACUUCCAGCUCUCAUGUCUUGCUCCAAAUUCAUCACCACACGUUGAAACUCUAUCUUCACCUACAUUACCUGCUUCGGCGUGAGUCUAGUUUUAGUAGUGGUCGACAAGGCGGACGCUACGACCACAGCCGGGCCUCGUGCGCCACAUCCGCCCGAUCGAUCCUGCGACUGUUCAGCCCAUACCGUACGCUCCAUCCCUCAGCCGCUGCUUGUCGUCACGUCGACCACAGUGCGUUAAUCGCUGCUAUGACGCUGUUACUGGGGUACGUGGCUGACCGGCCACCUCACCUCGAGGCAGGCCACCCCAACCCGGACGCGCAGCGGCGAGACGACCUUCAACUAGCACAGAGCGCUCGGGACAGGCUACACCUCGUGGCCGAGACGUGCAAGGACAAAAUCUCUCGGGACUUUGCAGCUCUCAUCGCGCGGUUGGUCCCCCUCGUACUUUCCAGAGAUAGUGGUUUUAGUCGGAGGGGACUAGUUUUUGGCGGAGAUCCGGAAAGGCCAUGGAUCACCUUUUAUGUUCCGUACCUCGGAACUAUCUAUGUUCGACCGUGGGCUCUGAAUUCCAUCAAUGUUAGCAUAGACCGGGUCGUGACCACGCUGUCGGAAGCUAAACCUGGGACCAAUCCCCAGGAAUCAUCGUAUGACAUCAAUUGGCCAGCCAUGAGCAGCAGCGGCUCCGCCAGGCCAGUCGAGGACCCGGACCUCGUACCGAAGACCACAACAAGACCGGACCUUUCUUCCACGCGGCAGGCCGAGGAUACCAUUUCCCAGGAUGCACCUGGAGACGUAUUACAGGCAGAUGAUGAUAGUAGCGCUGCAUCUGAGCCGUCAGCGCCUCCAUUCUUCGAUGCAGAUCUGUCCCCCGAAAUAUGGCCUCUGCAAGGUAUUGAGACAAGCUUUUGGGAGUUGUUACAGCAGGGAAUAAGUGAUGAUUUUAGCACCUGAGGACAUCAUGGCCCGCCAGACUUUGGUCUCCCACUACACAGUAGUAUUUUCUCAGCCGAGUGAUGAUAGUGAUCGCCGUUUCUGGUAUGAUAGUAUGGAAACCUGAACUGUCUAUGAAGGGUUACCUCUCGAGAUAUGUUAGAAAAUCAGAGGCCCUAUGGUUUAUUCCAGAAAGUCCGAACUCCCCUAGCAAACAGGUUAACGUGAUAACGGUAUUCAUCAAGAAAUCAUGAACUGUUCACUCCUCCACUCAUCAAAUUCAACGCACUCCCCGCCCGGAAA